AUGUUUGCAAGUGGCCGGGCGUUACAUGUCGCAGGAGCAAACAAAGUGAUAGGAUUUGGGAUUUGUAAGCAAUUGGCUUCUAAUGGGAUCACAGUGGUGCUAACAGCAAGAGAUGAGAAAAGGGGUCUUGAAGCUGUUGAAAAACUGAAGGAGUUUGGUCUCUCUGACCAUGUGGUUUUUCAUCAGCUUGAUGUGACUGACCCUAAUAGCAUUGCAUCCCUUGCAAAUUUCAUCAAAACCCAGUUUGGAAAACUUGAUAUCUUGGUGAAUAAUGCUGGAAUUCAUGGAGCAGAUGUUGAGCGUGAUGCUUUUGCAGCUUUAGCUGCCACUGCGGAAAAAGGUGCUUACGUUGAUUGGAGAAAAAUCAUUACUCAAAAUUAUGAAUCUGCAGAAGCAGGCGUUAGAACAAACUACUAUGGUGCCAAAGGAAUGUGUGAAGCACUUAUUCCCCUUCUAGAGUUGUCAGACUCACCAAGGAUUGUUAAUGUUUCCUCCGCCAUGGGGAAGUUGGAGAAAUUACCAAAUGAAUGGGCUAAAGGUGUCCUAAGUGAUGUUGAAAGUCUAACAGAAGAAAAGCUGGAGGAGGUUUUGAAUCAGUUUCUAAAAGAUUUCAAGGAGGGUUUAUUGGAAACCAAAGGCUGGCCUCCUGUUUCAUCUGCAUAUAUAGUCUCAAAAGCUGGUUUGAAUGCCUACACAAGGAUUCUUGCCAAGAAGUACCCAUCUUUCUGCAUUAAUGCUGUUUGUCCUGGCUAUGUGAAAACAGAUCUCAACUACAAUACUGGCCAUAUUAGUGUAGAUGAAGGUGCUGAAAGUGUUGUUAGAUUGGCUUUGCUACCUAAUGGAGGUUCUUCUGGCCUCUUCUUUUCUCGAAGUGAAGUGGCACCAUUUUGA